GGUCAACAUUACUUCAUAGACUUCAUUAGAAUUCUAUUUUGAUUAUAAUCAACUCACAGUGAUAUUUUAGGACUUUUUCUUGGUUCUGGGAAUUGAAGCCACGACAUCAUACGUGCCUUCACUGUUAAACUCCCAGCCUAUUUUAGAAGUGUGGCCAGGCUCCUGGUCUCCCUUCUGGAUUCACAUGGCUUUCAGAGGGAAGGUGGGGACAAUGCUGACUUCUGAUAAGAUGGGUGUAAGGGUCCAGACCAGCAACAUCAUCAAAGUCCAGAAGAGGGAUCACUAAGUACAAUGUGCCUCAAGUGGAGUCUGUGAUUACAUUCUUUAGGUACAUAUUAACCUAUUAAAUCGAUCCUGAUUACAAACAAACUUUGCCCCUACCUCGCCUGGCAACCAUGAGAAAGGCAGAUAGAUGUCAGCCUAUAAAAGGAAACAAGAACUGUCCCCUGGCCUUCAGGCUCCAACAUCUUCCUUUUGCCAAGAUGCUACAGCUCAAACUCUUUGCAGUGCUCAUAACAUGCCUGCUGUUGGUGAGCCAGGUCAAUGGCUCCCCAGUACCAGAACUGAGUUCAGCAAAGAGAUCCCGGAGAAUGACCCCAUUUUGGAGAGGGGUUUCCCUCAGGCCCAUUGGUGCUUCAUGUCGGGAUGAUUCGGAGUGUAUCACAAGACUAUGCAGAAAAAGACGCUGUUCUCUAAGUGUGGCCCAGGAGUGAUGUCCAUACCAGGGGAAAAGUCAGCUCCAACAGUGCUCCGUUAUAUGGAAUAUUGGUUAACUGCAUUUAAGUGAAGCAACCUUGUGUUUUUAAUAUUUAAAGACAGAUACUUGCUUUAAACUGG